AUGGCCCUCACCCAGCUGGGAAUUAUUCCACUGAAGGAUUCUUACCUUCUACCAACCAAGGUUGACCGGAAGAGGCUCUUCCAUGCAAACAAAGCUUUAUUAAGCAGAGAAAUUGUAUUUCACCUCCUUAAGCUGGUUAAUAGUGGCAUGGAAGAUCCAUUUGAGGAAACAGGCCAGCCUACUGCAGAGUCAGGCAUGAUCAUGGACAGUGUGGAAGCAGGAGACACAACACCUCCCACCAAAAGGAAGAGCAAGUUCUUUGGCUUUGGCAAGAUCUUCAAACCCUGGAAGUGGCGGAAAAAAAAAAGUAGUGAUAAAUUUAAAGAGACAUCAGAAGUUUUAGAGCGAAAGAUAUCUAUGCGAAAACCAAGAGAAGAGCUAAUUAAAAGAGGAGUUCUGUUGGAAGACCCUGAACAAGGUGGUGAGGAUCCAGAGAAGUUGAGCCAGGCCUUGUUAAAGAAUGGCCAUACCAUCCCCGUUGGGAGUACCCGAUCUGUAAGUCCAGUCCAAGAAGAGGAAGAGCCCGGAAAAGCAACAAGUCUUAGGAAAACUGCUUCAGAAGACGAUCCAAAGAAGCGGCUAGGCUCAACUGGAAGCCAGCCUAAUUCGGAAAUAGACUCUUUUCCUGAAAAUGUGCCCAAACCACCUUUACUUCCCCCUAAACGACGACUCUUAUCCUCUUCUUAUGAAGCAAAUGAAGUGCAUACAAAGGAUGCUUCUUCUGGCAACUCAACAAGAUCGGUCUCUUCCACUUCUGCUUCUACCACCACAGUGCCUGCGGCCACACACUUACCAAAAACUGUUAAUGCCUCUCUCACCCCAUUCCCAGCACCCAGAACUCUGCCUGCUGCUCCUGGCAGCGUUAACACUACUGCCACCCCAAGCAUUGCACAUACAGUCCCUGCCAAGCAGCCCCCUGUGCCUCCCCCUAAACCAACUCACAGAAAUAGCAGCCCUGUCAUUGCUGAACUAUCCCAAGCAAUAAACAGUGGUACAUUAUCAAAACCAUCCCCACCCUUACCACCUAAGAGAGGCAUUCCAUCAGCCUUGGUAUCUGCCUCAGAGUCUGCUGCCACUGCUGUCACAAAAGCACCAAGUGAUCGGAGAGAGAAGAAUGCAUGCCCUGCAGUCUCUGUACCGCUGCUGCUGAUCCCACCUCGUUCUCCAUCACCCCCACUGCCUACUCAUGUGCCUCCAGAGCCCCCACACUCCCCUCCAGUUCCCUCAAAGACUUUUCAAAUUGUGCCAGAAGUGGAUUUUCCUCCUUCCACAGAACUACCCCAGGAGGUUCCUCAGCAGGAAGAUCAGAGAAACGAUAUACCCAAAAGGAUGUUGGAACAUAAUUUUAGGGAACCCCACAUACCCUCUAGACUGCCCCCACUCCCACUGCAUAUUCGAAUCCAGCAGGCUCUGACCAGCCCAUUGCCUGUUACUCCUCCCCUGGAGGGCUGUCAUAGAGCUCAUUCGUUGCUCUUCGAGAACAGUGACUUUUCUGAGGACACCAGUACUCUGGGUCGGACCAGGUCACUUCCCAUCACUAUUGAAAUGCUGAAAGUUCCAGAUGAUGAAGAGGAGGAGGAGCAAACCCACCCAUUGGCUUUCAGUGAAAACAUGGCACCUACCUCAGUCAUUCCUAAGCUAUCACAGUGUCUGCAGGAGGAGGAGGAAGAGAAGGAAAGUGACUCCGAUUCAGAGGGUCCCAUUAGGUACCGAGACGAAGAGGAUGAAGAUGAAAGCCAACACAGUGCUCUGGCCAACAAAGUGAAGAGGAAAGACACUUUAGCCAUGAAAUUGAACCACAAAAACAGUGAGCUUGAAUUGAACCUGAAUUCAUGGCCCCGAAAAAGCAAAGAGGAGUGGAAUGAAAUAAGGCACCAAAUUGGGAAGACACUGAUCCGUCGGCUAAGUCAAAGACCAACACCAGAAGAACUAGAACAACGAAAUAUUCUGCAACCUAAAAAUGAAGCCGAUCGUCAAGCAGAAAAACGAGAGAUUAAACGCCGACUCACUAGAAAGCUCAGUGAAAGACCAACUGUGGCUGAACUACUGGCCAGGAAGAUUCUGAGGUUUAAUGAGUAUGUGGAAGUAACAGAUGCUCAAGAUUAUGACAGGCGAGCUGACAAACCUUGGACCAAAUUGACCCCUGCUGACAAGGCAGCCAUAAGAAAAGAAUUAAAUGAAUUUAAAAGUUCAGAGAUGGAAGUUCAUGAAGAGAGCAAACAUUUUACACGGUUGCCCAGCAAGAGGGCCACCCUGGAUGCAAGCUGGUCCCUGGGUGCACGGUGGUUGCACAAGAGGAAGUCCUGGGCAGGGAUCCUUAGAAACAGAGGCUCCAGUAGGCAGAAGCUCUCAGGAGCCCUGCGCCCAGAUUGCAGGGCAGAGCAAGGCUGUGGUGCCAGUUGGGAGGGCCUCAGACUGGCCUCAUCGACUCCUCACCAAGACCCUGUAGAGGGAGAAGCUCAGGAUGGCAGCCAGGGCGGCCCCGGUGGCUCCCAACAUUACCUGGAGCCAGGAGGUGGUGUGCAACUCGGCUUGCACCAGGUGUGGGAAAGUGGCCAUGGUGGCCAGCCGGCUGAAGACAGCCGUAUUGGAUGUAUCCAAGUUGAUGCAGGAGAAUGA